AUGUCUAUUCGUCGCUCUUUCCUCAUCGCGCUACUUUGCUUCCUCGAGAAUGGUUUAGCUGCGCUCCUGACCGACCAUACACGGCUCACAAAGAAGUCGUAUGACUUCAUCGUUGUCGGGGGAGGAACAGCGGGGUCCGUCUUGGCGAACCGCUUGACUGAACAGCCGGAAGUCAACGUUCUCGUUGUUGAGGCUGGAAGAAGCAACAUCGACGGUCCUGAUCUCGACGACAUUCAAGUACCUUAUUUCGUCGCCGACAUACCUGCGUCGUUCGACUGGAACUAUACUACAGUGCCUCAGAGAGCACUCCAAAACAGGACGCUGGCAUAUCCCCGGGGUCACGUCCUUGGCGGAAGCAGCUCCACCAAUUUCAUGUUCUACACGCGCGGGUCAUCAGAUGAGUUUGAUCGGCUCGCACGUAUCUCCGGGGACGAGGGCUGGUCUUGGAAAGCAAUGCUUCCAUACAUUCUCAAGAGCGAGACGCUCACACCGCCUGCGGAUGAUCACAACACCACGGGUCAGGUGGACCCUGCCGUCCAUGGGAAGACAGGCCCAGUCCUGACGAGCUUGCCUGGCAAUGCGAGCGUCCUGGACUCACGGGUGCUGCAGACGACGUCGGAGUUGUCCGAAUUCCCGUUCAAUCUGGAUAUGAACUCCGGGAACCCACUUGGGGUUGGUUGGCUGCAGUCGACCAUCGGGCACGGCGUCCGCAGCAGCGCUGCGACGGCAUUCCUCGCGCAGGAGACGAUCAAUCGCAAGAACCUGGAUGUUCUCAUCGGGACUCGCGUAACGCGCCUCUUGCAGACGGAGCGGAAGGAUGGGAAACCCGUUUUCCUGGGCGUGGAGCUCGCCCAGUGUGAUUCAGGGACGAAGGUGCAAAUCAGGGCCAAGAAGGAGGUUAUUCUAUCUGCAGGGUCGAUUGGUACCCCACAGAUUCUCAUGUUGUCAGGAAUCGGUGGCAAAGAGGAACUCACGAGACUUGGAAUCACCACGGUUGUCGACGCCCCUGACGUAGGGAAGCACAUGCAGGACCAUCCGUGGGUUCCGCUGCAAUGGCAAGUCAAUACCACCAACACGCUCGAGACCAUCAACAGGAACCCCGACAUCUUCAACGCCGCGAUGGCAGUAUACAACGCCACGAAGCAGGGCGUCAUAUCGAACAAUCCAGGAGGGAACCAAAUCGGGUGGUUCCGGCUCCCACCCAACUCUUCCGUUCUGAGUGAGUUUGGAGACACGACCGCGGGGCCCCUGUCUCCGCAUUUCGAGCUGACUUUUGGGAAUUCUUUCCUGUCCUUUACGGAGCCGGUUCCUGCUACAGGCAAUUUCAUGAGCAUGUGUGUCGCGCUUGUCGCGCCGACAUCGCGAGGAUCCGUGCAGCUCGCUACGACGUCCGUGUUCGACGCACCCCUUAUUGAUCCCGCUUUCAUGCAGACACCCUCGGACCUGGCGACAUUGACUGAAGCGGUGAAGGCCGCUCACCGCUUCGCGGCCGCCUCCCCGUGGAAGGACUUCAUCGUCACGCCAUUCGUGGACGCUGUGAACACGACCACGGACGUAGACAUCCAUGCGUACAUCACGAAUCUCGUAACUACGUUUCGUCACCCCAUGGGAACCGCUAGGAUGUCAACGUCGGAGUUUGGCUCCGGUGUCGUCAAUUCUAACCUCCUCGUGAAUGGCGCGAGCGGGCUCAGAAUAGUGGACGCAUCCAUAUUCCCACACAUCUUCGGAGCUCAUCUUCAGGCCCCUGUAUACGCUAUUGCAGAGCGUGCCUCCGACCUUAUCAAGAAGGAGCACGGCGUCCCCUUGCUCAGUUAGCCCAAUCAGUGGCAUAAUCUGUCAUGCGCAUCUCCUUGCCCCCGCAUCUCCUUAACCCCGC